AUUUUUCUCCCGUGAAGACACGUUCAACAUGGCUGCUCCCAUGUAGACGUUUGCUAGGUUCACUGUUAGCAGGAAGAAACUGCAAACCAUGAAGGAACUCAGCCACGAUGGAUCCAAAGGAGAUGCUCCGCUGUGCUCUUCAGAUAGAGAAAUUCAGUGCAGACAGAAGCUAUGGGAACAUCAUGACCCUCCUUGGUGACCUCCAGAAGUCUCACGUUACAGCAGAACAGCUGGAAACAACGGACAUCGUCAAAGUGCUCUACAGGCUCCUGAAAACCUGCACUGAUGACAGCGUGAAGAAGACAGUCAAGAGCUUGCUGUCCAAGUGGAAGAGACAGUACACGAAGGACAGGCAAGGGGUGAAGUGCACAGAGGAGAGUGAGGAUCCUGAGCUCCCUGCCGGUGUUUCUUUACCAAAAGAGGCCGUGGGUGGUGCGGUUUUUGCCCAAACAUGUGAUGGUGGAGAGGGGAAUGUUGCAGGAGAACAGUCAUCUAUGCAGGCUAAACCCAAAGCUCAUACUUCUGCUUCAUCUCCAGAUAACGUGAGAACCAAAUGCGUGCAGCUCCUCCUUGCUGCCCUCUGCCCCUCUGCCCCCGAUCAGCACAAGGCUGCUGAGUUGGCACGAGACAUCGAGCGGCACGUCCACGAACUUCAUAAACACAACCAGGUCAAAUAUAAAGCCUGUGUGAGGAGCAAGGUGGCCAACUUGAGGAAUCCCAAAAGCGGCCACCUGCAUCAGGGCCUCCUGAGCGGCUCCCUGUCCCCCGAGGCCUUCGCCCGCAUGUCUGCGGAGGAUAUGGCCAGCGCAGAGCUGCGGCAGCUGAGGGAGGAAUACUCCUCCCAGGGCGUGAGUGAGAGGCAGCUUCCUCAAGGGAUAGAGGGGACGCGGACGGAGAAGAUUCGCUGCAAAAGAUGCGGGGGGUCAGACUGUAGGGUGACGCAGGUGUCCAGAGGGGUUCUGUUCUUGCCUGCGUGGGUGAGGCAGGGCGGCCCAGACGAGGAUGCAAUGACCUUUGUGACCUGCAGCGGGUGUGGCCAGCAGUGGUACCACAGCAGCUGGGUCUGCCUCUGAAUCCACAUGGAGAUACAUGACUAAGCAGCUAAGAGCAGGUUAACUGAUAAUAAAAAUAACAGAUUUUUAACCAUUCUGCACAACAGUCAUGCUGUGUAGAACUUUCAUUAAUGAUUUACUUUCUUAUUUUCGACAUCUAUGGAGUUAAAAAUGUUCAAAAAUCUGGAACAUGACCUUCUUAGAUUCCUAGCUCAGAUACUCAGUGUUGCUAGUUUUGAAAUAAUACAUUUUGAAGGCUUUUCUUUACACAUUUACAUAAUACAUUGACUUAAACUGCCAUUGUUGCAGAUGAAUCGCCAGCCAUUUAGUUGAUUGGUUGUUUCAGCUGUUCUGCCCACUGUAAAAUUGCACUUGUUUGAGUUGGUUUUCCAAGUUUCACCCCUAGUACAUAAUUUGGUAUUAUAAAGGCUUUCCUGUGACCAGUUAAAUGGUUUGAGUGUUAUAAACUCAGCUCUGAAACAGGAGGAUUGGUCACAUGGGAUGCAGAGUGGAAACUUUCCUGCAGGAUGAAGUGCAUACUUGUGGUUUAAACCAGAUUUUUUCCCAUAGGAUUUGUGCUUUGUCUUUCAUGCAUUGACCACUAAAACCCACAGCUGAAAGCCUAAACUGUAUCUUUACUGGCUGAAAUGCCAAGUCAUUGCAGUCUCCGACUGAAACCAUGGGUUUUCAAGAAGUAGCUGUCGUCAUCUUCUUCCCGCUGAAUCAUUUCCUGUGUCUCCACUCUCUGUAAUAUCCCUUCAUUUUAUUUCUACUUACAGUAGCUCAUUUAACUGCUUUUACUGGCCGCUCUCUCUUACAUUACUGAUCUAAAGAUCCAUUAAUGCCUUUAAAACAUGCCUCUGCUCUACAAUAUCCCAUUCAUUUGUGGCAAACUGAAUCCAGCAGAUGAGACAUGUGACCCCCGAAGUACUCUGAGCAUGUGAGCCAGUAAUCUGCCCUCCCCAGCAGCCGCAUGGGCGGAUAUCUCAUGGUGCUCCAGCCAGCGUGGCACAAUGACUCACAUACACGUCACUGUGAUGUCACAUGAAGCAGUCUUUUUUUGUGUGUGAAGAUAUUACAGAGAAAAUCACUUAUUUUUAUCCUCAGCUGUUCUUCCUGCGUCAUUAUUUAUGUCACGUCCUGGCCCAUUGCAGCUUUUCUGAUCUUUGCAGCAGACUCAUUCCAGGAUGGCCGAAGGUAAAAUGGCCAAAUAUGAAAAAAAAACAACAACAUAUCUUUCCAGUAAGUGUUUGGUAUCUCAACACUGGUGCAUUUGUCUGUAUUCCAUCUCCUCUCAUGUGCUCCUUAUCUUUUUAGUAGAUAAGGAGCAUUUUAGUGACAUGGCCUGUCAGAUUGAUGCUCUGCAGCCACAUACAGCUGUGAUGAGAAGUUUACAUCCGCUCAUCAAGGGCAUGACUGUGAUGCUAGUUUUGGGCUUUUAAUGAUUUCUUUGAGCUGUUUUGUUUUAAGGUUGGAAUGAUUGUACGGAAUCCAUUUUUAAUUACUCUAAAGAACAGUCAUUUUAAUAUUUUAAUAGGUGGUGCUGUAGGUUCUACAAUGUCUUAACAAAGCUAAGGCCUAUUAACUCCUCAUUAGGGAUUAUGAUUGGGUACAGCAGGGAGUUUAUCUUUGCAGCAUAAAAAGGAUUUGUUUGACAGCACUCAUUGGACUGACUCAGAAUACUCAGAACAAGUAUGUGCGGUGUGCUGAACGGAUAAUUGGAGGUGAGCUUCCCUCCCUCCAAGACAUCUACAGGAAGCGGUGCCUGAGGAAAGCGGGGAGGAUCAUCAAGGACUCCAGUCACCCCAGCCAUAAACUGUUCAGACUACUA